ACCGGAAAGACAUGGUUCCAGCUUGUGUGCAUGUCCCUGUGGGGAGACACACGUUUGCUUUUUAGUUAGAAAUCUGAUAUUCAAAUGAAAGCUACGUGUCUGUGUAGCGGAGCAUCACGUCUGGCUGUUGUUCACACGGAGAGGAAACAUGAAGCAAGACGUCAGGAUACUUUUACUCGGGGAACCCAAGGUGGGGAAGACGUCCCUCAUCAUGUCUUUGGUUGGAGAGGAGUUUCCAGAACAGGUUCCGUCCAGAGCUGAAGAGAUCACCAUCCCAGCUGAUGUGACACCAGAGAAAGUGCCCACACACAUAGUGGACUAUUCAGAAAAAGAACAGAGUGACGUAGUCCUUAAAGAUGAAAUCAUCAAGGCUAAUGUGGUGUGUGUGGUUUAUGAUGUCACCAACGAGGACACCAUCGAGAAGAUCAAAACUAAAUGGAUACCUUUAGUAAAUGGAGACGCUGAGAAAGGGAACAAGGUUCCCAUCAUUCUAGUGGGAAACAAGUCAGAUCUGCGCUGUGGAAGCUCAAUGGAAACCAUUCUUCCCAUUAUGAACCAGUUCUCUGAGAUUGAGACAUGUGUUGAGUGUUCAGCUAAGAACCUGAAAAACAUUUCAGAGCUGUUCUACUAUGCGCAGAAGGCAGUUCUUCAUCCAACUGCCCCACUUUACGACCCUGAAGACAAACAGCUGAAACCACUGUGUGUCCGAGCCCUCAGCAGAAUAUUCUAUGUUUCUGACCAGGACAAUGAUCGUAUCCUCAGCGAUGCUGAACUCAAUAGAUUUCAGAAAUCUUGUUUUGGGAAUCCUCUGGCACCUCAAGCCUUAGAAGACGUGAAGACCGUAGUGUGGAAGAACACCAGCGACGGAGUGCAGGACAAUGGCCUGACCCUAAACGGUUUUUUGUUCCUCAACACGUUAUUUAUCCAAAGGGGUCGUCAUGAAACCACAUGGACCAUCCUCAGGAAGUUUGGUUAUGAUGACAACCUCGAGCUGACUGAUGAUUACCUCUACCCAGAGCUACGAGUUCCCUUUGGCUGCACUACAGAACUUAAUCAUCUAGGUCACCAGUUCCUCCAGAAGCUGUUUGAGAAGUAUGAUGAAGACAAAGACUCGGCCCUGUCCCCAGCAGAGCUCAGGAACCUGUUCUGUGUGUGUCCUUACAUGCCCUGGGGUUCGGAGGUCUAUGUGACGGUUCCAACCACUGAUGAGGGCUAUAUCUCGAAUCAUGGCUACCUUUGUCAGUGGACGCUUUCCGCAUACCUUGACAUCCACCGGUGCUUGGAGCACCUAGGAUAUCUAGGCUAUCCCAUCCUCACUGAGCAGGAGUCACAGACUGCCGCAGUCACAGUGACGCGGGAGAAAAGGGUGGACCUGGAGAAGCGCCAGACACAGCGGUCAGUGUUUCUCUGCAAGGUGAUCGGGCCGCGGGGGACGGGCAAAACGGCCUUUCUCCAGGCCUUUGUGGGCCACAGUGUUGUGGAUAAGGGGAAAUCUAGCAGUGCCUUCUCUCCCUAUGCAAUAAACACUGUCCAAGUCAGCAGCCAGGAGAAGUACCUGAUUCUCAAUGAGGUGGACGUGGAGGCAGAGUUUCUGAAAGCCUCAGACGCUGCCUGUGAUGUUGCUUGUCUCAUGUAUGACACCAGUGACCCACAUUCCUUUGACUAUUGUGCCAGUAUAUACAAGCAACACUACAUGGAGAGCAAAAUCCCAUGUGUACUGGUUGCCUCCAAGGUGGACCUUGCUGAAGUCAAGCAGUUCCACGGGAUGACCCCAGCUGAGUUCUGUUAUAAACACCGCCUGCCUCCACCACUGCCCUUCUCUAGCGUUUUCCUGGACUCCACCAGCAAGAACAUCUACACCCGGCUCGCAUGGGCAGCGAUGUACCCACACCUGAAUGGUUCUGAUAUGAGCAACACAUCCUUCUGGCUGCGGGUUGCGUUGGGCUCGGCCGUGGUUGCGGUUCUGGGCUUUGCCAUCUACAGAGCUGUCGCUAGAGUAAAAUGACCAAGUAGCAGCUGAGCUUUUUUUUUUCUUCAACAUAACUCUCCAUCCGUUCCUCAAGACGAAACCUUCGGAGCCACGGCACUGUCAACUAGAUGACGUCUGCAUCAGAAUCUUUCAGACUUUUCCCCCGUCGUCCCAGUCAGCAGAUCCAAAAGCCAGUGGGAUGCUAAUGAAUGCUGUGGCCAGAUUUUUUUUUUUGCCUUACACUGUAGCCAGGCUGAGUAGGAGCCAGCCUGCCUGCGCUUGGUACGCUGACACAAAAACCACUGAUCAUUUCCAAAAAGGUGCUUUAUAACAAUGUCUGAAAUACAGGAAGAUAAGUGUCAGUUCUGCUUCAUUUGCUCCAGUCCUGAGUGUUAUUAGUGAGACUGGAGUUUUUGGCAGGUUGACUAGACUGACGAACCAAUGAGUGGCACGUGAGGAAUCCUCAUUGGCAGCUGCUUCACCUCAACGAACAGUACUUUUCUUCUUGACCAAACCACCACAGAUACAUCUCCAUAUCUGAUUUGCCAAAUAACUGCAUCAGUCAUUGCAUGUUGUUUAUUGUGGCCUCAUGAUCGAAUGAACUCCUCUCAUUAGCUUUGAUUUUAUUGUUGAGAUGUUUUAGCAGUAUGGGCUCUGCUGGUUUGCAGUGGCAGGGAGCGCAUUGUCUUUGUGCAUGGAGACGAUGAGCUGUUAUAAGCUUUGGACAAUGCCAGAUUUUAUAUGCAUCUAAAAGAGGUUUAUUUUUCCGCUCAUGGAAUCCUUUAAAUGUUCAUGACAAAUGUGGUUAAGUUUGUCUUUGCUUUUAUCCAACCCUCCACAUUAAAUUUGACUUGAUGGACACCGAUGGAUUACUUGUGCACACACAUUCACUUGACAUUGUACACACUGUGAUCAUGUUAGGAAAUCUACCAUUGCAUCAGUGUAAGGAUCAUUAACGCCUGUUCUAAUUAUUAGUCGGCAACCUGCUGUUUCUCCAGGACAUCUGUGACUUUUGCAAUAUGGCUGCUUUCUUACUGAAAUUGAACUGACAUAGAUGCUUAAUAAAUGACCAGACUGGG